AUUACAAGAUUCGCUCCCGCCGCGACCGCACGUUCAAUAGCUGUCGCCAGUCGACCUCUUUUGUCGUGCGAAGUGCGAACUUAACUUGUUUACAUCGGCUAGUCGGAGCGAUGCAUGGUGCGUUUCGCGCGGUUGUGUCAUUGGCCUCAGCCGAUUAUCGCUAAAUUACGUGUGAAUUACGGACAAUGCUCUGAGAGUUGCGUCAAAACUUUUUGUGUGAACUUUGCGAGCUCAGACCGUGAUCUCUUAGCGCCAAAUUUUGAACUAUUCCUGUGCCAUCGAUCGAGUGAGAAAGUGACUUUUUGAAGAUUUUUUUCUACAGAACUUUUACACAAAACAUUGUCGUUUGUAAAUUGUGGCAAUAAACACUAAAAGUGAUACUUUUUCGGAAAUCAUCAAAAACUAUCGUGAAUUUUCGAAGUGAGUUCUUCAUCAAGAAAACAGAUCUGCUGAUUCAUGCAAAUAUUGAACAGGUCUUGACUCAUACAUUCAAGCGGACACAUAUCAUUUAUGCAUACAAAACAAACGGCGAUCUAUCCACGAUUCCUCCGUAGAAAAAGACACUACGCCCGACAAAGAUGGCUAUAGCGUUCAACUUGCCGAGUGAGAGAGAGGCGACAGAGGAGAACUUCUCUAGACUGAACAGGCUUCUGGCUGAGCUUUACGAUGUUCUGUGCCACAUUCUGGUGUCUCGACAGCCCGGGCAAGAGACUCUGGCCCACGACACGCGUCGAGAUGCUGUCCGACCUUACCACUCCGAGUCCGACAUCGACCGUCCAACCAUCGAGCCCCAAUGCCGUCUCUCCGCCUCAUCCCCCCCACUCUCCCUGACCUUCGACGACCUGGAGGACGACGUCUUUAUCAGUCCCCGGACAGAUAACGGCAAUGAUCUGUUCGCCACUAGAAAUGUCGAGAUAUUCGGAUACGGGAGUCCGAGGACGCCUGCAGGGGUUCUGCUGAGUCCGCGAAGGGACAGGACGUUUACGUUUCCUGAGACGAGCGAGAAGCAUUGGAGGGAUAAGGGGGGGACGGAUAUGGCUGACGGCGUGGGAGACACUGAUGUGACUGACGCAGUAUCACCUGAAGAAUCAUCGCCGGACAACUCGUCAGAUAGCUCGUUGUUCUCGUCAAUACUACCUGACAAGCUGUCUGCUGGCUCCAUCUGCACGGCUGUGCUCCUCAUGCUCGGUUGGAAGUUCUUAAGUAAACGAUGAAAUCACAUACUCGCGAAACUUGCACCGCCAUCUAGCGUGCAAUGAGUAGUGCCAACUACUCCUGUGUCACGCUUGUUAAUUUUGUAUACAUUUUAUGUCUAUCGGUUAUUUUAUAAAUAGCCUUUUUACUAUGAUAGACACAUAAACAGUUGUUGUAUAAACUGUAUUUGUAUAUUAAACUUACGCACUUUUUGACAUGUUUUUGUACAUGAAUAUUCUGAACUUGUUACAUACUUUUUGUAGAUUUGGACUAAUUAUUCUCCUUAUGUAUUGAGAUUAUUUAUAUAAAGAUUGAACGGCAAUGCGGGAAAUAUAACUAGAACUUUGAGGGAAAGUGAGGCAUUCGAAAAGUGAAUUUCAUAAUAAUUAACCUACUUACUCAAUAUUGGUAUUUUUUUAUAAAUUGUAGUGCAAAAAUAAAACAUAUUUUACCAACUAAAUAAAUUAUUCACUUGUCAAUUUUACAUUCCGCUUUCGGUGUUGAAGUAUUUAAUCCAUAGUUAUUAUCUGAACUGAACACUUAGAAAUACUUAUCUCUAUCUUAAUUACUAUUUAGAAAUUUCUUCGGAAGGUGGACCACAUAUGUUCUAUAUUAUACAAAAAUAGAUUUUAUUUUAGUAUGAAAAUAAAGUCCGUUUUCCCAGAAAUUGUUCCAAAGAGAGCAGCCUAAAAAUUAUCAUCGAUUGAUCUCAUUUUAUUAUUUUUGUAAUAAAAAUGUUUAUUUUAGAAUAGCGCUAGCGUAUUUAUAUGUAAAGAGGGAGUGGAGAGUGCCAAGUUAUGUAAAAUGAAAAUUUUAUCAGAGAAGGUCUAUUUUAAUAAUAUUUCUUGUAUAAAAGUUAAUUUUAGAUGAUUAAUAUGCUCUGACAUUUCUGUUAAACUCAAAACUUGAAAUUAAUUAUUCUAUGCCCAAAAUUUAUCGUCUGAGUAAAUCAUUUAUUGAAUUAAUUUGGAGCUGUUAUAAUUAAUCAAUGGAGUGUUAAAGAAAUGAAAGGGUCUUGUACGAUAAUUAUGUAGUUUAUAUUCGACUUUAAUUCGUAAUUACCUUAGUAUUAUGCUAGUUUUUUAUCCGUUGUAUAUGAUGUUGUAUAAAGCGUUUUGUUUUCAUCAAAGUUAGAAUCGUCAAUUAAUUUAAAUUUGCAUAAAUCCAUAAACUUUACCUAAACUGAAUGUAAAAAUUAGAAUCUCAGUUGAACUGUCUUUUUAGUAACCAAAAUGGGAACAAAACGUUUCGGGAACAAAAAUUCUUUCAUCAAACUCAUCUUAUUCAUUUUAAGCAAUUUCAUUUUAGUAAUUACAAAAUGGAAGGAUGUGUUCAAAUGUGAUAUGUAAUUUAUUUAAGGAGAUGAUUAAAUAAAAGAAGUUUUCCUAAUGAUCUCUCGAAAACUCUUAUUGCUAAUAUUUUUUUUUGCUAUUUUGUGCUAAUUAAUUCUUAAAUAAAUACAAGAAUAGUUUACAUUGAUGUAAAUAUUUUGAGAUGUAUUAACUAGCACAAAUUGCGAAUUAAACCGACAUUAUGCGGAUAAGAGUUUUGUACAUAAAUUAAAUUGGUAUGCUUAUUGCUCUUUUAUAAGAAUAAAAUUUUGUAGAGGACAAAUCCUAAAAUUCUAUAAGCUUCUCAAUGCGAAUAAAAUAGAAGACGCACACAUUUGCCACAAUAUAUUACUUAUAUUAUUAUCAUUUAUACGACUAAAAUUACUGCCUUCAAAUGCUAUAGUUAAAAUUAUGAUAGUAAAGCUAAGUCGUAAAACAACUUUGCUCAAUUACUUAAAUGGUCAGUUGUUAUAAAUACUUAUAUUACACAUAAGGAUGAUUUCAGGAGAACUGACACGAAUAGUUUAAAUGAGUGAAUAAAUAAAUUAUCUAUGUGUACAUGAAAAAAUGAUUACAUACAAAUUGAUUCUAGUACCUAUAGGCAAAUCGUGUAUUUAGACAAUUCUGUCAUAUAACCGCCCAAAAGCAGUGUGAAUACAUAUAAAUUAUUUUCGAGACUGUCCCGGCAUUGUUUUUCCUGGACUAUUUCCGGUGCCAUUUUAAACCAAUGCUUGGUUGUCAGUAUACAACAUAUUUCUGAUGAGGUAAUAAGAUUUAUCAGUCGAUAAUUUAACUUGAAUUAUGUAAUAAGUAUAUUCAUAAAAAAGCCCUAAAAUGAGUUGAAUAUUAACUCGUUUGCCAAUUAACAAAUUCAACUGCAAAAAAUCAUAACAGCGAAAUUUCAUAUCGAAUGCUGUAAUUUUCUGUAUUGUGGUGCCAGUGUGAAAAAAAUGUUAAUAGACGAAAACUCCACGAUAGCAAAUAUUUCCAGUAAAUUCACAAAUUUAUUUUACUUAUAUCAAUCUCAAACAUUAACCAAUGAUGUAAAAAAGUAAUGUAUUUUUUUUUCUUUCGACAAACGAAAAUGUAUGUACCCAGUAGUUUAUAAAAUAUUACGAGGCUCCUGUUUCACUACAAGUCGCACAGUGACAUGAACAUGAACGUGAUUUAGGUACGUGAAUCCGUGUCAUGCAAUCCAUUCGUGCCAGCUUUCCUGAAUUACCUUUACUGGUCAGUAUCAGUAAUGAAGGAACUAGUAUAUUUCUUAGUGCUUAAUAGACAAAUUUAAUUUUACAUUUAAACUUUUCAAAACUUAUACACUGCCAUGAAUAGCAAUGAAAAACAAUUAACAUUGCAAUACACACCCGUAUUGAAUUUUAUAUAGGUACAUAUACUGAUUAUUAUAAUUUGGAACCAGCCACGUAUUGUUUAUUCCCAUUAGUUUAAUUAAUUUAAUUUAAAUUGUAAAUUCGAACAAAAAUACUCAAAUACCAAAUGCGUCUUCUAUAUUAGUACCGGCUUACUGCUUUACACGAUUAAUAAAUAACAUAAACGAAACUGUAAGCAAUAUAAUUGUAAUUAUUCGUAGAUUUAAGCUUAGCAAGGGAAUAUCCCACUACCAAGUCUUUACUUAUUAAGUUGUUAAUGCGUCUGUGCUCAUGUUUCAAUGAGUUUCGAUUACUAUUCAGUAGCCAUUAAGGCU